AACGCAUUAUAAUGCGCAACGUACUUUUGCAGUGUUGGCAAUGCGUUCAGAAAUGCAAAUAUGGCAGUACUGCAAAUGCAGCGCGUUCCAAAACGCCAUUUUUGUAUCAAAAGUCGUGCAUUAUUUGCAACAAAAAUUUUCACACUGCCGCUGAUUACGCUAGUAUGAUGUCUGAUGAAAACGAUUAUCUAAGUACAUCGGAAGUAAAGUUGAUUCUCAGAGUCCGACUGAGCAUGGAGUGUGAAUUUGCUUCAGGGAGGAGGAAAAAGAGUGUUUUGUGGAAUAAGGUGGUGGAGGAAAUUAAAAAAGUGAAUAAUGAUUUAAAAAUAGACGGGCAAAUCGCGCGGCGAAAAUUUUCUAACUUGCUGGUAACUUAUAAGCGGAUAAAAAAACGCAACAACUCAUCCGGUAGGGAAGCUACAUCGUGGCUUCACUUUGAAGACUUCGACGAGGUGUAUGGUACCAGACAUUCCAUUAAUGUGCCCAUAGAAAACUUACAGAGUUCGCUUGGGCUGCCAUCGUCGCCAUUAUUGGAACGAAAUAAUAACGAACCGCCAAAUUCUCCACCAACUUCAAGUCGAAGAGCCACCCAAUCCAGGAAGAAUGCCAACAACGAACUGUUGCAUUUUUUAGAAGACGAGGCGAUGAAAGAGCAGGCCCGACACGAUGAGGUAUUGGCUGUUGAGAAGGAGAAGCUUGCUUUGGAAGAAGAACGAUUAAAAACGCUUCUGGACAUAAAAUCGAUUUUGAGCCAAUGCCUGCAAAAGUGAUUUUUUUUUUUUACCACAAACAAAACAAAGAUGAACUUUUUUAUUUAUUUUUUUUAUUUUCUUUU